AUGGGUCGUGGUCGAAGUCGGAGUGAAAGUUCUAGCAAAAGUUGUAAUCGUAGCCGUAGCCAUAGUCGAAGUCCCAAUAGUGGUCAUCGUGGCCGUAGUCAUAGCAGACGACGUGGUCGUACGAGAAGCCGAAGCCAUCAUCACGAUCGUCGAAGCAGAAGUCGUUCGAGUGAUCGGGAAACUACGGAUUUGCUAAAACUUUGUUGGAAACCGCUGAAAGAUGAUUCAAGAAAUUUUGAUGCAUGGACUCAUCUUUUGCAGUACAUCGAGCAACUUGAUGAAACAAAGGCAGCUCGCGAAGCAUAUGACGACUUUUUUAAAAGAUACCCAUAUUGUUACGGUUAUUGGAGAAAGUAUGCUGAAUUUGAACGUCGCCAUAAACAUUAUGACCGUUGCACUGAAGUUUAUGAACGUGGAGUCAUGGCCAUACCACUGAGUGUUGAUCUGUGGCUUCAUUAUAUUGCUUUCGUUAAAGAGGUCGUUCAGCAUCAGGAUAACGCAAUACAGAAAAUCAGAUUAAUUUAUGAUCAUGCAAUUGAAGCAUGCGGUAUGGAAUUUCGUUCGGACAAGUUAUGGGAUGAAUACAUUAACUGGGAAUUGAGUAAUGGUGAAACUCUACGAGUCGGAACGCUUUUUGAUCAGAUAUUAAGCAUACCUACCUUGCUUUAUAGUAAUCACUUUGACAAAUACAAAACCUUUGUGAAUUCAAAUGAGCCGGAUCGAGUAGUAAGUCAGGAUGAAUACAAUGAAAUUUUUGCGAAAGUUGAAGCAGACUUGCGUAAUGCGAUCGAUGGUGAUCUGUUUGUUUUAGAAGAGUAUGUUGAUGAGUCCCCACCGGACUGCAUUCCGGAAAGUGGCGAAGAACCGCCGAAAAAAAUUUUCAUGAGGCGCAAGCAUUGUGAAGAAGCCCUACGUGUUCUACGAACAGAGAUACUCGAACGACGGAAUAGAAAAUAUUUAUUAAAUGAACAGGAAGUUAGUCGACGUUGGGCAUUUGAAGAAAAUAUAAAACGACCAUAUUUUCAUGUAAAACCGCUGGAACGCGCUCAGUUACGUAAUUGGCGCAUUUACCUGGAUUUUGAAAUUGAAUGUGGUGAUAUCACACGUAUCAUAGUCCUGUUCGAGAGAUGCUUAAUCGCUUGUGCUCUGUAUGAAGAAAUGUGGAUUAAGUAUGCUCGUUACUUGGAGAGUAUCGGAGAAUCCAGCCGUGCCCGUAGCGUUUUUCGUCGAGCAACCGAAGUUCACUUACCCCGCAAACCGAAUGUUCAUCUUGCCUACAGCGCCUUCGAAGAAAAAAAUGGUAAUAACCACAGCAUUUGUGAUAUUUGUGAUAUACGAACCGGUGAUCUCUUUUUCCGUUUAUUCAUUCAUGUGGUUAAGUUUGAUGAUAAGCUAAAGUAUUAUCACCGUCAACAGACAACACUCAUUCAUGGUGCUCUACUCGUUCAACAACUAGAUGGCAAGUAUGGUUUUUAG